AUGGGUACAGGCAAAAUGGCACGAAAACAAAGAAAGAAUCGUAAGAAAUUGGAAAAGGGAUCCCAAAACAUAGAGAGUAUGUUGAAAGGUAGUUCAAAAAAUGAACCGGCAAUGGACGAGAAAAGAAAUAACAUAAAUUCCCAAAUUGAUUCAGAUUCACUGAACGUACUCGGGAAGAAACAAAGCCAAAAGGGUUCAAAAAAGAAACAAAAGAAUUAUGUACCUGAAGUCGUGAUUCAACAAAAGCUGCCUGCAGCAUACUCAAAACAGACAACGGAAGAAUCGAAGCAUAAGAGUCGCAAGCACAAUGCUAAUAUAGAUGAAGUUAUUCGCGCAGCUCCUUCUUCCUUUCGGGAUGCUGAGAGUACACCGAGGGAUCAUUUCCUCUCUAAUGAGAAUGAUCUUCCGGAAAUGAUUAAGCCUAAGAAUCCAGUGGAUGUUCCGUAUAGUCCAAAGAGCGCAGAGCAUUUACGAGAUAAUGUACUAGACAAGGAAGAUCAUCCUAUAGGAAUUACUCCUACGAAAAAUUCGAAUGGUCUGACAACUGUGUCGAGGUCAAAUGGAGUUGAGAAGCCCGGUUCUGAUUCCGAUCAUUCAGAUUUCGAGUUAAUAUCUCCUUUAAAAAACAAAAAAUCUCCUCGUAAGUUAUUACUAUCAGACUCUGAAUCUGAAAAUUCCGACUCAAGCUACCCAAGUACGUCUCUGCCAAAGGCUGAAUCAGAUUUGGUAUCAAGGAAACCCAAAAGAAAGCUCCGUCCUUGUUCUUCUGAAGAUGAAUCCGUUGAAUGUUUUGAGGGGUCUCUGGAACGGCCUCCUAUAAAUAAAUAUUCAAAUAAAAAUAUAACAGACGACUUUGACACGGAAAUAAAGCAAGAGGCAGAGGAUCUGGAGCCUGUGAGUUCCGAAGAUGAGAAACAUAAGCGUAAUAGAAAUCCAACUAAGAAAGCGUUUCAUGAAAAGUUGGAGCUAAUCAGAAAAAAACGUCGUCAAGGCAGUUCAAGCAUAAACGCUGAAGAAGACAUGUCAGAAUCAGCGGGUGAAAAGACGGAUACCAGUGACGAUGAUUCUUUGAAUGAGGAAUCUUUUAUAGUAAAUGAAGAGGAAGAGGAAGAAGCUUUAGGCGCUCGCGCAUUACUUCCUCCAGAGUUUUCAAUGACAAGUCAUCAAGGUCUUCGAGCUCAUUUUGCGAAUUUUCUUCGGUACCACAUAAAGCAACUAACGAACCUUCCAAUAGAAAAAAACAUAGAUGAGCAUUUUCUUUUCAGUUGUAAAACGAUUCGAAGACGCCUUUUUUCUUCAGUGGAAUCCAAUGUAAUAUCGAGUAUCUGGAAACCAAAUUUCAUCAGUGUUCUAAAGAAUCGUCCAUUGAUGACGAACAGAAGAUGCGAAGCUACCUAUGGAUGUGAUGCUUGUAAUAUGCAUUCACGUUUAUCCACGCAGGUGGUGCGCUUCAAAGGCCAUAUAUACGAUCGUGAUACUUACAAGACUUUAGAGAAUGACCAAGAAUAUCAUGAAGAGUCUAAUAAGGACUGGCUUCUGGGAAGUAGCUGUCAUGAGAGAGCGCGACUUGCGCAUAAAAGUUUUCAUUGGGAAUACGAUGUACGCAAGGAGAUUAUGACUCAACUCUCACUUGCUGGCUAUUUUGAAGUGCAGGCAACUUCACUAGACCAAAUGUACCAAGCCAUAGAGGAGAACAAUUACCCGGAAUCAUCUUGGCAAGAAUAUUGUAAAUUACUUAAAUUCGCUAGCUCAUCGUUAUUAUCCGGCUGGCGGUCAGGUUAUCAAAAACAUGGAUAG